AUGACUGACUGGUUUCCUCUGUCCUCCCUUUUAGUCUCCAAGCUGCUGCAGAGCUUCACAGAGGGGGAGAUGCAGCAGGUGAUAGGGACCCUGGUGGACAGAAAGGUCCGCCAGGACAGCCAGGAGGACAGCCAGGAGGACAGCCAGGAGGACAGCCAGGAGGACAGCCAGGACGACAGCCAGGAGGACAGCCAGGCCAGAAGGACUAAGAGGGCUAAGAGGAGGCUAAAGGCCUGCUCCCUGCAUGAGCUGGAGCUGACUGUCAGUGAGCUAGGCCUGGGCUAUCACAGUGAUGAGACUCUGCUGUUCCGGUACUGCAGCGGCAAGUGUAGAGCACGUAGGCGCAACUACGACAUCACUUUGGAACACAUGAGGAGGACUGGGCUCAUCAGAAAGAGAGACAAGGUCCAAUACAAUCCUUGCUGUCGGCCUGUCACAUAUGAGAAGGAUAUCUCUUUCCUGGACAACAGCAGUAGAUAUCACACAAUUCAGGAAGUGUCAGCACAGGAGUGUGGUUGUGUAUGACUUCCUGGUUGAUCUAUGAUGCAUUACGCUGCUUGAAGGUGUCGAAGAUGACAUUUAAGACUAUCCUAAAUAGACCAACCUUCUUCACUGAUAUGUGAUACUGGAUUGUGUGAAAGAAGAGGCUCAAGGAUUUGUGUCCAUGGCAGAACUGUUGCUCUUGGUACUACAGACUGUCCCCAGAUACUGCCAUGUGGAACAGUUUCAUACCCAAACACCAGGACACUUAAAAUGCCCAGUUAGGGUUUAACAUU